AUGAGUGAUUUAGAAAAUGAGAUCCUUGCACUUGCCGGAGAUCAAGUGAAGAAAAAUAAAAAUGCAGAAAACGACGAGCCGAGCGAGGAAGAAAACCAGUCGCAAGUGCAUAACGAUCGAGAAGAGCCUGAUUCUGACAUAGACGAUGGCGCCGAGUUAGAAGACUCUGACGAAUAUGACGAGGAAGGGUAUCGAGACGAGGAAGAUAGGAGACAAUUGGAGGCGCUGCCGGAAGUAGAGAGAGAGAAAAUCUUGGCCGACAGAAUGGAGAAGAAACAAAGACGUGCUGAUUUGCGUCGUCUCCGCGAAGAAGAGAAACAGGCUGCAAAAAGAAAAGUCAAAGAUACUGAUGGUACCAGAAAGUCUGCAAGGGCCAAGUCGCAGAAAUCGACAAAACAAGUAUUGGACGACGCAAGAAGAGCUCGCACUGAAAGAACCAGGAACCGUGCUGCCGGAAAGUCAUCUCACCUUGAUGAAUUAGAGGCUUCCAGUGGUGAUGAAAAACUAUCUGAGGACCACGAUGAAGGUGAAUUUGGAGACGAUGAAAUGGAACAAGACGAACCUCGAUACUCGAGGAAAACAGAUGAUGACACGCCAGCCGAAUAUGACGAUCUAUUAAAAAUAGUAUUGACUCGGCGGCAAAUUGAAAAGUGGCUUUUCGCACCGUAUUUUAAUAAAACGGCCAUUGGCUGCUAUGCGAGGGUAUACUUGGGAACAAAUGAUAGCGGUGAACAAAUAUAUCGAUUGUGCGAGGUUAUAGGAGUCGUUCCAUUCAGUUCGACAUAUAAAGUGGAAAACACGUUGACAGAUCAGGCACUACUCAUGAGGCACGGAAACGCGCAGAAGGCGUGGCCGAUAAGUGGGUUGUCCAAUUCAAGAUUGACUUACUCUGAAUGGGAGCGAUGGUUAAAAGUCAUCAAAGUAGAAUCAGGACAAGUCUUACCAACAAAAGGCCAUAUCGAGAAGAAACUAGCAGAUAUCCAAGCCGCCAACAAUUAUUCGUUGGAUGAACGAGAAGUUGCUGAAAUGGUUAAAGCCAAACAAGCUCUACGCGGAUCAUACAAAAACCUCGCCGCUGAGAAAGCCGAUCUGUUGCACAGAAAAGCGGUCGCAGAAGCGGAAAACAAUGAAGAGGAUGUCAGAAAAAUACAACGAAGAAUAGAAGAAAUUGAUCGCACGACGGCUGAACAAGCUCAAAGCGCAGACGCACGCUUAGAUAUGUGGGCCCAGCUCAAUGAGAGAAAUCGACAGAAAAAUUUACAAGAAACUCGUAUGGCUGAGGAGAGAGAGCGUGUAAUGAAAAGGAAAUUAGACAACCGUCUUUCUACCACGAUAAAGAGACAUCGCGCUCCAAUGCUCCGUGAAGACUCGAUUGGAUCUCAAGCAUCAGAUAAAUCAUUAUUGGAACGCGAGUCAAGCAUGGAAUCACUAACAUUACAAAAGCCGAUAACACGAUUUGAAAAGAUAGUAAACGAAAUGGACACUGAUGUGGAGGUUGAACCUGACCCAGUGUGGGAGAGGGAACGGGCAAAGUUUCUUGAUGAGUAUGAAGUAAAGUAUGCGGCCUUUAAGAUUGAGAUUGAGAACAAGCUGGAACAUAGGAACCGAAUGCUUGCUGCUUACGCUCGUGAACACACGGCACGUUGA